GUAGAAGGUCAAUAUGGAUUUAGUUCGAUUCCUUGAAGAACAUAUUUAUUUGUCAAGAAGUGAACAAAAGGGCAGACAGUGUGUGUCAUAUUUAAAUUGAACAUGACUGACAAUCUGUGAAGUUUGUGAUUUCAAAUACACUCUAUUCGUUUCCUCUCAUUAAUAUUGAUUGUCUCAUCUAUCUACAUAAAAGAUACUCAUUGGUCAAAUGACUCAACCUGGGCGUGUGAAAUAUUUAAAUUACAAGGACAAAGUAUACCAAAGUUAAAACUCUCAACCUCACAUAGUUCAUCAGGAUAGAGAAAAAUCAGUAGGUUGUUUUGACUGGAAAGACUGGGAUAAUAACAUGAUGGGGCCCAAAGCUCUGUGCCUUAUGAUUUUUUGUGCUCUGAUGGCUUGGCAUAUGCAUACAACUUUCUCAGCAGACUAUGAAGAACCCUGGAAAAUAAUGUUCAUUCAUUUUCUUGAGAAAAUUUGUGAAAUUACGGCUUCAGUUUUAGAAAACCUAGGCAUCAUGAGCUAUUGGGAAUUUUAUAAUAUUAUCACAAAAGGGUAUAUAACACAACCCACUUCUGAUGAAAAUAUCACAGUGAAGGAAACAAAAAUUAAUGACAUUCUAGUGCGUUAUUAUGUGCCAAAGAGGAACUCGCAUAAGCUGAAACGAGGAAUGAUUUAUUUCCAUGGAGGAAGUCCUAAAUUUGCCAAAAUUGCCCUUCUCCCUUAUGAAACCUUUGCAAGACGGGCAGCAAACAGACUGGAUGCUGUUGUUCUGGCACCUGACUACCAGCAGUCUUCUAAAUAUCACAGUCAAACUCAGUGGAAUGAUGUUUCUGAUUUUGUAAAGUCUCUUCUACAUCCUGAAACUCUGGCCAAAUAUGGUGUGGAUCCAACCAGAGUCUGUAUAACAGGAGACAGUGCUGGGGCUACUAUAACAGCAGCUUUGACUCAACAGCAUGCAACUCCAGCAAUCCUCCAUUUCUCUUCCAACAUCCUGAAAAUAUUUGACACAUCACUUGACUACAGAAUUAUAAUGGGAAAUAUCAGCUCCCAGGACAAUUAAUCACUGCCUGGAGGAAAACAGUAUCAUCUGUGCCCUCAAAUUGACUUGUAUGAAAUUUAUAAAACAAAACUAUAUAAGUACUUAAUCUACUUCUAGAAAUUAUCAUAGUAGCAUCAAGACAAAGAAAGAAAUUAAAGGUUUAAAGAAAGGAAAGAAUCAAUAACAAGGAAGAAAAGAAUCAAUAACAAUUCAAUAUAAUAGCAAAAUCAAAGAUACAAUAAUAGAAAUGGAAAUCAUUCAAAAUGCAUAAAAUAUUCAAGAAUAAAUCUUCAAAAGUAUACAUAAUACUUAUAUAGAUUCAAUUACAGAUAUACCUAAGGAAAUGAAAAACAACUAACUAAAAGAAUAUUCAGUGCUCAUGUCUGGGCCAUGCCAAUAUGAUAAAAAUGAUAAUACUACCAAAAUGUAUUUUAAUUUUAAUUUUUAUACCAUUUUAAAUAUCAAAGGGAUGCCUUACAGAGUUCAACAAAGCAAUAAUACAUUAAUUAGGAAGAACAAAAGUCAAGAACAUCAAGAGAAAUAAUGGAGAGGAAUGAGGAAUUAAGGAAGCAUAGCACUUCUAGACUUCAUUUAUCAUAAAGCAAGAGUCUUCAAAACCACUUGGUACUGGUAAAUAAACAGCAAAGUAGAUCAAUGAAACAGUGUUAAAAUAGGAACAGCCAGGAAUGUUAAUAUAGGAAUUUUAGGGGGGAAAUUAGAUGUACUAUCUUCUUUACUGCUUGUAGUAGAUUGGGCAGGUGCCUAAUAGUUUGUGGCUACUGAAGCUCCUUGUAACUGUUAUGCUGGAGACAGUUGUUAAAAAAAAAACCUCUAUUUAAUAAAUAUUGGGAAAGGUUGGAGGAAAGUUAAGGAAAGGUAACAAAGGUGGAGGAUUAGGAUUGAUUCCUUAGUCUUAAAGGGGUCUAAGCUUUUCCCUAUACCACUAGCCUUCAAAGGCUGGCUUCCUACUCCAGGAACUCGGACCUCCUUAAAACACUCCUUAAAAUUGACUAAACAAAUGAAUUCAAAUUGAAAAAAAAAAAAACCCUCCUUAAAACUAUCUCUAAACCUGGGGAUCUAUACUAAAAAAGCUAUGCUAAUGAUUAAUCCUCUCAGUUAUAUAAAUAAGUUUACUGUCUCCUUAGAUCCCUUUCAGCUUUAAAUCAUUUGGUUAUUCACUCUCUCUGCCCACUGCCAGCCCUUCUAGGCCUAGCUAGGCUUUUCUGCUUAAGCAAGCCUUAAAAUGACUUGACCCUCUCAGGAGCCACACAAAGGGAAAACAGUCUCUCUCUUUCUCUUUUCUGUUGAUUUUCCCCCACAAACUUAUUCCAGAAACUCUAACCAGUUUUCCUCCUUCACCUGCCACUGGGUUUUUUCAGUGUUCCAGGGAACAGAAACACCAGCCUCCUCCAGGGGAAAAAAUCUCCAGGAGUCCAUUUGCAGUUGGAAAAAAAACCCAACUGAUUCUGGCUACCCAAAAUUCCAAUUGGCCCCCUUCCCAAGAUUCUGUCUGUCCUUAAAGAAAACUUACCCACUAUUCUUUGCCUUGUCCUUAGAUCCCAAUUACUCCAAAAGGUUCUCAUUAGUCCUCUGACUUAAUUAAUCCUAAUAACAGAAUAAACAAAGAAUCAGAAAUAAUGAAACAACAAAAUCUUUUUAAUAGCACAUUUUAUGAUAACAAAAAAACUGGAAGCAAGUUUUUGCCUAACUGGGAAACUGUUGAACAAAUCAUGGCACAUGGGUGUGAUAACUACACAAAAACAUGGCAAAACCUAUAUGGAGGGCAAAGGUAAAACUGCACAGUGAGAGUUUCCAAUUUACCUUAGCUCUCCAAAACCUCCUCCACAGUGAUCCAGAAAACAUACCAAUUUGAAUUCUGAUUGGGAAAACCAAGAAAAUGUCACAGUUAGUUAUUUUUCCUGCCCCAGGAAGUUUAAGAAGAUAGAAGGAGAGGUCUGCAGACCUUCAGGUGGGGUGGGCAGGAGUGCACCACAGCAACUAUGCCAGAUAUAAGCAAUAGAGGCAACGGACUGUGGUGUAACAAUGAUGGGAAGCAGUCCAGCACCCAGGGGUAGUAAGGGAAUCCCAGGCCACCCCUGUACCAGCACAGGUGCCAUCUAAAAAUUCUAUCACCCAUUACCCAGUUCUAGAUCACAGUUAUAGGGUAAAGAGGAGCGAUCUAUCAAAAUCACAAAAGACAAGGGACCCCAGCUGUGUAAAGUACAAGGCACAAGUCCCAGAAGGAAAGCUUUGAGCCUGCAGUGGAAUGCAUAAGGGCAGGAGACCAAAACCAAGAGUGAACCAGUAGUUCAGUUUCUCUGAACAAACAGAACAGCCCAGCAAGCUGAUUAUAGCUGAGUCCAGAAUCAGUUUAUGAAAACUUAUGAACAACACACCCAAACUGAGUCAGAAAGUUGCAAAGUUCAGAGCAAAUGGCUCUGAACUGAUCACACUACUUAGGAACCACUAAAAACAUCUAGGCUCCCAGGCUUAGCUGUGAAAGAAGCAGAAGGACAUAAAAGACAGAAACUCGGGCCAAACAUUCAACCCCCAGAAGUAAGCAGACACUGACAUAAAGUCCAAAGUCAUGAAGUAAGCAAAAACAUUAAAAACAAACAAAAAUAAUCCAACCAUAAAAUAUUAUUACUAUGGUGACACAGAAGCUCAAGACACAAACACAGAAGACAAUAACUUGAAAAUAUCUAUAAACAAAAUCUCAAAGAAACAAUGUAGAUUGAAUGCAAGCCCAAAAAGAUUUCCUAGAAGCAUUAUAGAAAAAGAUAUUUAAAAGAGAAAAAUAUUUUUUUUAAAAAAGCAAGUGAAUGGUACAUAAAAAUUGGGGAGAGAGCUAUGUAAAAAAAGUAUGAAAAGAAUUAACAGCUUGGCUAAAAGAGGGCAAAAAAUCUGAAAUAUAGAUAAAUAUAAAAUCAGAAUUGGCAGAGGGAAACAUGGUGAAAGAACAGAAGAAGCACUACAGUCUCCCAAUAUUCCCCUCUACAUAUCUUUAAAAUAAUAGAAUUCUGGAACAGCACAGCCAAAAAGAGGAUGGGGUGAGACAUUUUUCUAGCCCCCAAAAAUUAAGAAGUCACAAAGAGAGGACUGUGACCCUGGGUUGGGGGGUGACCUGGAAUGUACAUGACAACAAUGCCAGCAGUGGGUAUUGGAGGUAUAGGCAGCAGCAGCAGCUUCAGGAGCUUUCAGCCCAGAGUUAGUAAGAGUACUGAACAACUGUUCAGGAAGAGAUUACAUGGAACCCCUGCACUAGCACUGGGUGCAAGACUGGGAAAUGUUUGGCAACUCCAUUUCCUGUACGCAUUUCUGGGUCACCAAUGGAGAGCAAUAGUUCUUGUGGCUGAAAUGUAAGGACCAGAGUAUAGACCAGAAGAGCAGUGACACAUCUCUAAGGAUCAUAUCACCUUGGAUGCACUGGAAACUUACAAACCCCUGUGACUACCUGUGAAAACAAUAGCAUCAAAAAAACAUAAAUCUUGGGACAAUUGCAUAUACCCAAUGUAACAAUGAAAAUUUAGGAAUAUGGGGAGACAGGCAGGUAGAAAUUAGUUUCUCUUUUCAAGGAGUAUUAUAUUUUUUUAGAGGUUUAUUAAGGAUUAAGGAUUAAAGAAAAUACAGGAUAAGGAAACCGUGCCUAGACCAGAGGCCUAGACAAGACCUCACCUACAUUAUGGAAAAAGACACGUCUGCUCCAAAACGGAAGUCCAAAAAGAGAGAGCUCAAAAGCCUUUGCAAUCAGCUUAAGUACCUUCUCCAUCUCACCCACCUCAGAAUUCCGUAAGAUUACAAAGCAUUUUGGGGAACUGGAGCAAGGACUUGUGGGGAUUGAAGUCCAGAGUUCAAAUCUCAAUUUUACACCAGGCAGGCAAAACUCAACUUUGUCAUAAAAAUUAAAACUCAAAAAAUGGGCUAAAAAAUGAGCAAACAAUAACAACAAACAAUAACAAAAAAACCAUGACCACAAAAAUCCACUAUGCUGACAGAGAAGAUAAAGACACAAAAGUAAAAAACAACAUUGUGAAAAUAACUUCAUUCAAAGCUUCAAAGAAAAUGCGAGGGGGCAGCUGGGUAGCUCAGUGGAUUGAGAACCAGGCCUAGAGAUGGGAGGUCCUAGGUUCAAAUCUGGCCUCAGACACUUCCUAGCUGUGUGACCCUGGGCAAGUCACUUGACCCCCAUUGCCUAGCCCUUACCACUCUUCUGCCU